AUGGCUCCAUCGCCAGCUACGGUUGAAGAAAGGGCUGUUGACACAUCCAGUGGCAUUGUCCAAGCAAAUCCUAAACGAAGAUGGGUUAGCUACAUCUGGGAUACUUUCGACAAGUCUCCUGAGGAGCGCAGACUGCUCUUUAAGCUGGAUUCAGCUAUCUUGACUUUUGCGUCGCUUGGUUACUUUAUCAAGUAUCUCGACCAAAUCAACAUCAACAAUGCCUUCGUUUCCGGAAUGAAGGAAGACCUUGGUCUAUACGGCAACCAGCUCAACUACAUGCAAGCAUGUUGGACAGUGGGCUAUGUAAUUGGUGAAAUUCCAAGUAACAUGCUUUUGACACGCAUACGGCCUAGAUAUUGGAUUCCGGCGAUGGAGUUGCUAUGGACCGUACUUACGUUUGCUCUGUCGCGGAGUACCAGUGCGACGCAUUUCUAUGUUUUGCGCUUCUUUAUCGGCCUUGCCGAGAGUAGUUUCUACCCCGGAAUGCAGUACAUCAUCGGAUCGUGGUAUCGCAAAGACGAGCUCGCAAAGCGAUCAUGUAUCUUUCACACCAGCAGUGGAAUUGCGAGUAUGUUCUCUGGGUACCUAAUGGACGCGGUGUUCCAUCUCGGCGGACGGGGAGGGUUGAAGGGCUGGCAAUGGCUCUUCUUGAUCGACGGAAUCAUCUCAAUCCCAGUAGCCAUCAGCGGCUUCUUCAUUUUGCCGGACGUCCCCGAAAUCUCCAGUCCAUUUUAUCUGAGCGAGCAGGAAGUCAAGCUAGCGCAGAAACGGAUGCAAUUCGAAGGGCGAAAGGACAGAGAACCGUACACAAAAUCCAAACUGAAAAAGAUCUUUUCGUCGUGGCAUAUCUACUUGCUCACAAUCGUAUACAUAACUUUUAACAAUGGAGCAGCAGGCAGUCAGCCCGUCUUUCAACAAUAUCUCAAAGACUCCACCAAUCCUGUAUACUCUGUCGGCCAAAUCAAUGCCUACCCGACCACCACAAACGCUGUGCAGGUUGUCACGACCCUCAUCUACGCAUGGACAUCCGACACAAUUCUCCAAGGCCGACGCUGGCCCUGCAUAAUCAUCGGAGCCUGCAUAAACAUAAUCUGCUACGUCUCCCUAGCAGUCUGGAACAUCCCCACAGGCUGGAAAUGGACCUGCUACAUUCUCUCCGGCGCAGGCUACGGCCUGAGCGGACUAUGCAUGGCUUGGGCCCACGAAAUCUGCACCGACGACAACGAAGAGCGCGCGCUCGUAGUCGGCAGCAUGAACGAAAUGGCAUAUGUUUUCCAAGCGUGGUUACCACUGGUGGUGUGGCAGCAGGUGGAUGCCCCACGGUACCGGAAGGGGUUUAUUACGGUGACGAUUAUGUCUGUUAUUUUGAUUAUUUCGACGGUGGUGACGUGGAGGUUGCAGGUUUGGGAGGGGAAGAGGCCGAAAAAUGUUCAGGCUGAGGUGGUGGAUGGUGGUGGGAGAAGUGAGAGUGAGGGGGAUGAUUCUAGUCGUGAUGAUGGGCGUGUGGAAGGGGUGGUAGAUGGGGGGCUGGUGCGGAAGGUUUAG